UUGUGUUGUGUGUGGAGAUCUCUCAGAGCAGCAGCCCCUGAUCAUGUGACUCCUCCUCCUCCUCCAUGUGACUGAUCACAUGACGGUGACAUCAUCGCAGGUCCUGUAAGCACACGGCUCCUCUACAGAUUCAGGUUUCUCCAAUCCAGGAUCCUCUGCUGAUAUCUUCUAUAUAAGAGAAUUCUCCUGGAUGACCCAUCAACCAUGGAGAGAGACAGGAACAAGAUGGCCGACAGGAUCAUAAACCUCACUCUACAGAUACUCUUCCGGCUUACUGGAGAGGAUUACACAGUAGUGAAGAAGUCCUCUAGUGGGCGCUGUCGGGCCCCUGUGUGUGAAGGAUGGGGAAGAACCCUGAGCCCAAUCCCGGGGCCCCCACCUUACUCCCUGAUACAUGAGGAAAUGGAUGAACAGAAGAUCCGAGAACUCAUCAAGAUGAUGGAGCUGCUGACUGGAGAGGUUCCUAUAAGGUGUCAGGAUGUAGCGGUCUAUUUCUCCAUGGAGGAGUGGGAGUAUGUAGAAGGACACAAGGAUCAGUACAAGGAUCAGGUCAUGAUGGAGGAUCAGCAGCCCCUCACAUCACCAGUCAGAUCCUGUAAGAGAACAGCACCAGAGAGGUGUCCCCGUCCUCUUGAUGAGCAGAAUAUGGAGGAUAAUACUACAGGGAAAGAUCUGAUCUAUAUUAAUCCUACAGACAUAAAGGAAGAAGAAGAGACAGAUACAUAAAGAAAGAAGCAGAGACAGAUGUGAGCUGUGAUGAGCAGUAUAAGGAGGACAGUCCUACAGGGAAAGAUCUGACCUAUAU